AUGCUGGGAACAACGACUAUUGACAUUGCUGCACUGAACAAUCCAGAUCUCAGUAAUAUAGCAGCGUUAUAUUUGAUUGAUGUUGGAUUGACAGAGAUGCCAUGCUUAUCUAACCUCGCAAGUCUUAAAUGGCUUUGUUUAAAAGAUAAUAAAAUCAGCCAUGUCAAUCUUCAAAGCUACUUUGAUGCUGAGACAGGCAACGGUACUAUGCCAAAGUUGAAGUAUCUAGACCUGUCUAGAAAUCCUGUAUCAAAGAUUGAUGCAAGAAUUAAAGAGGUCUUCACAAGUAAACCCCUCAUAAUACUUUCAGAAGAGGUAAUGGUAGAUCUAAGCCUUCCGCUUAGCGAUGUGAAACAUGAAUUGAAAGAAGCAGGCAUCGAGCUUGUUGAGCUGGAUGAGAAGAAGGAGAAUGGAUCAGAUGUCUCGAACUAA